CCUGCGCAGUCUCUGCCGCCGGCUCGCGGCGCGUGGACCGUGCUCUGCGUCGCGCGCGUCCGAACGGCUACAGGUUCCGGCGGCAGCGCGUGGAGCUCGCGAGCCAUGUCGUGGCUCUUCGGCAUCAAGGGCCCCAAGGGCGAAGGCGCGGGGCCGCCGCUUCCGCUGCCGCCCGUGCAGCCCGGGGCCGAGGGCGGCGGGGACCGCGGCGCGGGGGACCGGACUGGGCCCAAGGACAAAUGGAGCAACUUCGACCCGACGGGCCUGGAGCGCGCGGCCAAGGCGGCACGCGAGCUGGAGCACUCACGACACGCCAAGGAGGCGCUGAGUCUGGCACAGAUGCAGGAGCAGACGCUUCAGCUGGAACAUCAGGCCAAGCUCAAGGAGUAUGAGGCCGCCGUGGAGCAGCUGAAGGGCGAGCAGGUCCGGGUGCAGGCCGAGGAGCGGAGGAAGACCCUGAGUGAGGAGACGCGGCAGCACCAGGCCAGGGCCCAGUACCAGGAUAAGCUGUCCCGGCAGCGCUAUGAGGACCAGCUGAAGCAGCAGCAACUUCUCAACGAGGAGAACUUACGGAAGCAGGAGGAGUCCGUGCAGAAGCAGGAGGCCCUGCGGCGAGCCACCGUGGAGCGGGAGAUGGAGCUUCGGCACAAGAACGAGAUGCUGCGGGUGGAGGCCGAGGCGCGUGCCCGGGCCAAGGCUGAGCGCGACAAUGCUGACAUCACCCGCGAGCAGAUCCGCCUGAAGGCUGCUGAGCAGCGCCAGACCAUCCUGGAGUCCAUCAGGACGGCUGGCACCGUGUUUGGUGAAGGAUUCCAGGCCUUUGUGACAGACUGGGACAAAGUGACAGCCACGGUGGCUGGGCUGACGCUGCUGGCCGUCGGCAUCUAUUCCGCCAAGAACGCCACGUCGGCCAUAGGGCGCUACGUGGAGACGCGGCUGGGGAAGCCGUCCCUGGUGCGGGAGACCUCUCGAAUCACGGUGCUGGAGCUGCUGAGGCACCCUGUGCAGGUCAGCAGGCGGCUCCUCAGUAAGCCUCAGGACGCAUUGGAGGGCAUCGUCCUCAGCCCCAGCCUGGAGGCUCGUGUGCGGGACAUCGCCAUUGCCACGAGGAACACCAGGAAGAACAGGAGUGUGUACCGGAACAUCCUGAUGUAUGGGCCACCUGGGACGGGCAAGACACUGUUUGCCAAGAAACUCGCGCUGCACUCAGGCAUGGACUACGCCAUCAUGACGGGUGGGGAUGUGGCCCCCAUGGGGCGGGACGGCGUGACCGCCAUGCACAAGGUCUUUGACUGGGCCAACACCAGCCGGCGAGGCCUCCUGCUCUUCGUGGACGAAGCAGAUGCCUUUCUCAGGAAGCGAGCGACUGAGAAGAUCAGCGAGGACCUCAGGGCCACCCUGAACGCGUUCCUGCACCGGACAGGCCAGCACAGCAGCAAGUUCAUGCUGGUCCUGGCCACCAACCAGCCCGAGCAGCUGGACUGGGCCAUCAACGACCGCAUCGGCGAGAUGGUCGGCUUCGAGCUACCGCGGCGAGAGGCGCGGGAGCGCCUGGUGAGGCUGUAUUUUGACAAGUAUGUUCUUAAACCAGCCACAGAAGGAAAGCAGCGCUUGAAGCUGGCCCAGUUUGACUACGGGAAGAAGUGCUCAGAGAUCGCACAGCUGACAGAGGGCAUGUCGGGCCGGGAGAUCUCCCAGCUUGCUGUGGCGUGGCAGGCCAUGGCGUAUGCCUCUGAGGAUGGGGUCCUCACCGAGGCCAUGAUGGACGCCCGGGUCCAGGAUGCCAUCCAGCAGCACAAGCAGAAGAUGCAGUGGCUGAAGGCAGAGGGGAGCCGGCCCCUGCUCCCAAGUUCACAGGCCGAGUGAGCCGGGCCUGGACACCUGCAGCACGCUGACCAGGUGCCCCAGCUCCCAGCGGACGUGGUGACACCACACAGCCGCCCCCCUCCCGGCGUGUGUAACCUUCCUCUGGUCAGGCUCAGGGCGGCAGGGCAGCAUUAAAGGCCUCUGCUCAGGACCAGCUGCGCGGUGCAGCCUUGAGGUGGGGUUGGUUCCCCUGACCCCGCAGCCGCCCCCAGGACACUCCUGGGAGACAUGUCCCUCCAAGCCCGGCCCAGACGGGGAGCAGGCACUGUCCGCCAUGCCCGGGGCAGCGGCCAAGCUGGCAGCACAGCGUCCCAGGCAGAUGCUGGCUGCUGCAGCAGUGACCAGCAGUAGGGGGCCUGGCCAAGGACCUGACCUUGCCCAGUCCCUCCCAGGGCCAGACCCGAGCCCAUGAUGAGCAGAGCUGACCUCUGUGUAGCCCAGCUGUCCUCGGGAGGGCAGUGCCCUUGAGGUCUGUGAACCCAUAAAGCCGGGUGCCAAGAACCAGCCCAGCGACCCGCGAUGGCCAAGGAUGUGUGGAGCGGGGGGACUGCCAGCCCACAGAAGGCGAAGUUCUCCCGGAUUGGAAUUGGGGGUCUUUUUAUCCAGAAUCUAAUAAAAACUGACAGAUACGUC